UGCCUAGGCGCGAGCGCGACCAACGACGAUGGCCACCGCUUCCUUCCGGCACGCGCCCGCCCGUGACCCAUCAAGUCCAGUCCAGUCCUUGGAGUCAUCCAUCAAUCUGAUUCUGAUUCUGGUUGAUUGUCUCUCCUUCCAAUUCCAACCCAAGCAAGCAAGGCACCUAUACUCGCCUCUCAAACCCAAGCAAAGCAAGCUUAAAACCCCCGCCCCGUGCACUCAGUCAUCGCCAUGCCGAUGCCCAUGGCGCCGCCGCUCCCGUGCUUGCUCCUCCUCCUGUUUGCCGUCCCUCUCCUCGCAACGUCCGCCAGGAUCCCGCUCUACCGCCACCUUCCCCCGCUCCCGCCCGCCGCCGCUCAGCACCACCCGCUCUCCCGCCUCGCGCGCGCCUCCCUCGCGCGCGCCUCCCGCCUCCGCGGUCACCACCAGGGCCAGGCCGCCUCAUCCCCCGUGCGCGCCGCGCUGUACCCUCACUCCUACGGCGGCUACGCCUUCUCCCUCUCCCUCGGCACGCCGCCGCAGCCGCUGCCGGUGCUGCUCGACACGGGCAGCCACCUCACCUGGGUGCCCUGCACCUCCAACUACCAGUGCCAGAACUGCUCCGCCGCCGCCGGCUCCUUCCCCGUCUUCCAUCCCAAGAGCUCCUCCUCCUCCCUCCUCGUCUCCUGCAGCAGCCCCUCCUGCCUCUGGAUCCACUCCAAGUCCCACCUUUCCGACUGCGCCCGCGACUCCGCACCCUGCAGGCCCAGCACCGCCAACUGCUCCGCCACCGCCACCAAUGUCUGCCCGCCCUACCUCGUCGUCUACGGCUCCGGCUCCACCGCGGGGCUCCUCGUCUCCGACACGCUGCGCCUCUCCCCACGCGGCGCCGCCAGCCGCAACUUCGCCGUGGGCUGCAGCCUCGCCUCCGUGCACCAGCCGCCGUCGGGGCUCGCGGGGUUCGGCCGCGGGGCGCCGUCCGUGCCCGCGCAGCUCGGGGUCAACAAGUUCUCCUACUGCCUCCUCUCCCGCCGCUUCGACGACGACGCCGCCAUCAGCGGCGAGCUAGUCCUCGGCGCCUCCUCCGCCGGCAAGGCGAAAGCGAUGAUGCAGUACGCGCCGCUGCUCAAGAACGCGGGCGCCAGGCCGCCCUACUCCGUGUACUACUACCUGUCGCUGACCGGCAUCGCGGUGGGCGGGAAGAGCGUGGCGCUCCCGGCGCGGGCCUUGGCACCCGUGUCCGGUGGUGGCGGGGGCGGCGCCAUCAUCGACUCAGGCACGACCUUCACCUACCUGGACCCGACGGUGUUCAAGCCGGUGGCGGCCGCGAUGGUGGCCGCGGUGGGGGGCAGGUACAACCGAUCCAAGGACGUGGAGGGGGCGCUCGGGCUGCGCCCCUGCUUCGCACUCCCGGCGGGCGCCAGGACAAUGGACCUCCCGGAGCUGUCGCUCCAUUUCAGCGGCGGCGCCGAGAUGCGGCUCCCGAUCGAGAACUACUUCCUGGCGGCUGGCCCGGCGUCCGGCGUGGCCCCCGAGGCGAUCUGCCUGGCCGUGGUGUCGGACGUGUCGAGCGCGAGCGGCGGCGCCGGGGUGUCCGGUGGGGGCGGGCCGGCCAUCAUCCUGGGCAGCUUCCAGCAGCAGAACUACCAGGUGGAGUACGACCUCGAGAAGAACCGGCUCGGGUUCCGGCAGCAGCCAUGCUCCUCGUCGUCCUCGUAAAGAUGGUUGGUGGCAAUGGCAUGCAGAUGCAUGCUCGCGUACCUACGUACUACUACUACUGUAUCAUCCGACUUGAUUAAUCACGCCACGCCACGCCACGCCAUGUAGUAGUGGAAAAGUUAGUGACAGAUUAAGCUUGCCUGCUCGUGCAGCUUUCGGAUCCAGAUUCCAGAGUACUACUAGUAGUACUCCUAGUGAGGAUUUUAAUUAGCAAUAAAUAAAAACUGUACCGUACCGUGUGCACGCGUGUUUGCUUAA